UCGAAAGCAAAAGAGGCGCGUUGGGGGGAUUUUUGGCUCUGCGGAGGAGGUUGGAGGUGGUGGGUGCGGCGAAUUUUAGGGACGGAGGGAAGCCAAGCCCGGCCAGCCUAAAACGAGGCUUCGGAUCGAGAAGGACCAAACGGCCGCGAUUGGAAGGACUUUCCCGGCCGCGGAAGGAAGAGCCCGUCAGCAAGAUGCUGGUCCCUGUCGUGUUUCAGGCUCUUCUGCUUCUCACCGACCGAAUCCUGCUCUCCUUGCUGGCUGGCUGGGGCCCCUCUAUGGACUCCCUGGGGGUUACAGCGGCUUGGCUGGAGGCCGCUCUACGGCUGGUGGUUCUCUGUGGGGCCAGGGGCCUGCUCUCUGUGGGUGGGACCUCCCCGAUGUCCUGUUCCACUGUUGCUGCUGUCAGCAUCUUGCCCCCUUUGUACCUGUUGGUGGGACACUGGCUUGGGGACCCUCCCCUCCUGGUCUCUUCGGCCGCUUGGUCCUGGUGGCUGGCAAUCUAUGGGGCGGUGGGCUUCUCCCAGCUCCUCUGGGGGAUCCUGCUAGAAGGGCAAAGCACAAAGGAGUCCCGGAAGGAAGACAAGGCCACCCUUUGGAAGAUGCUCAGACUUUUCGGUCCAGACAAGCUGUAUCUCACUGGCGCUUUCUUGUUCCUCAUCCUGGCAGUGAUUGGCGAAACGUUCCUGCCCUAUUACACCGGGCGUUUGAUUGACAUCCUGGGCACCAAAUAUGACGCAGAAGCUUUUUCGACAGCCAUCUUUCUUCUCUGCCUGGUUUCAUUUGGAAGCUCCGGUUUUGCCAGCUGCCGUGGAGGCCUCUUCAUGUUCACCAUCUCCCGGAUGGUCAUCCGGACUCGCAACUUACUCUUCUCAUCUCUGGUGCGGCAAGACUUGGCCUUCUUCCAGGAGGUGAAAACAGGGGCGCUGACCUCCCGCCUUUCCAAAGACACAACCAUGAUGAGCCACUCGGUGCCGCUCAACACCAACAUCUUCCUACGCAACCUGAUCAAGGCCAUUGGGCUCUACAUAUUCAUGAUUGGCCUGUCAUGGCGCCUGACGCUGUUGAUGCUGAUUGAGACCCCGCUCAUGAUGGCUGUCCAGAAGGUCUACAAUGCCCGUCACCAGGCUUUACUGAAGGAGAUCCAAGAUUCGAUGGCCUGCUCAGAGGAAGUGGUGCGUGAGGUAAUCUCAUCCAUGGAGACAGUGCGCAGCUUUGCCACCGAGGAGAAGGAGUCACAGCGAUACGAGGCAUCCUUGGGGGACACCUGUCGGCUGAAGAACCAAAGGGACUUGGAAAGGAUCAUUUACUUAUUUGUUGUACGGGUCCUCCAGUUGAGCCUGAAGUUCAUCCUGCUCUUCUGUGGCUACCAGCAGAUCCGCAACGGUCUCAUGACCAAAGGAAACCUGGUCUCCUUCAUCCUCUACCAGGCAAACGUGGGGUGGCACGUGCAGGCCUUGAUUUACACUUACGGGGAUGCCCUGAGCAACGUGGGCGCUGCAGAGAAAGUCUUUGAAUAUCUUGACCGGGAGCCAUCUGUCCGCACAGAAGGGAAGCUGUCUCCAAAAUCUCUCCCUGGACGUGUCUCCUUCCGAAAUGUUUCCUUCUGCUAUCCCUCCCGCCCUGAGAUCCAGGUCCUGAAGAAUGUCUCCUUCGAGCUCCGUCCUGGGGAAGUGACGGCAUUGGUGGGAGCGAAUGGCAGCGGAAAAAGCAGCUGUGUUGUCCUCCUAGAGCACUUCUACGAACCCCAGUCCGGGGAAGUCCUGUUGGAUGGAGUCCCAGUUGGGAAAUAUGAGCACAAGUAUCUCCAUAGGCAGGUGGCACUGGUGGGCCAGGAACCCGUCCUAUUCUCUGGGUCCAUCAGGGAGAAUAUCACUUAUGGCCUACAAGGCUGCAGAGAGGAAGAUGUGAGCAGAGCAGCGGAAGAAGCUGAUGCCUUGGGAUUCAUCCGUGAACUGGAAGGAGGCUUUGAUGCAGAGGUGGGGGAGAAAGGGGGCCAGCUCUCCAUCGGGCAGAAGCAACGGCUGGCCAUCGCCCGGGCCCUGAUCCGUGACCCAAAGGUCUUAGUGUUGGAUGAAGCCACGAGUGCCUUGGACCCCGAGAGUGACGCUGCAAUCCAGCGGUCUGUGCAGAACAGUGGGACCCGGACGGUGCUGGUGAUUGCUCACCGGAUGCAGACGGUGGAGAACGCAGACAAGAUUGUGGUGCUGGAAGGAGGAGAGGUUGUGGAGGAGGGGACUCACACGGAGCUGAUGGGCCGACAAGGCCCCUACUACAGACUGGUGGAAAGGACCCAGGCAGAGUGACUUCCAGAGUUGCAACGGAGAUGGUCAGCCACAGGAUCCACUGCUUUUGUAGAUGCCAAAUGCAUGAUUGACUGGGGAAAUAGACAACAGCACUCUCUUAGGGAAAGUGUGUGACCCAGAAGCUGGCCUGUUUAGCAGCUCUUGGCCAGUCAAGGGUUGCUGAAUUGCAGCCAUUUGGAAAAGGAGGCUGUCUUUCUCAUCUUGGCACAAUUCAUGUGGAGUUAAGUAGCAACUUGGGCCCUGGAAACUCCGUAGUGAAAGAUGCACAAUCCCGUUUCAAGCAACUGUUUUGUUUAGCAAAUACACCAAUGCCCCAGUUUUUCCUUUGUUUAAAUUUAAUAUGUGAGAUCUUUUUUACAACCUGCUCUUUUGUCACACUUUUUAAUAUUAGUUGCAGAAACUUUACUUCCCUUUUAUUUAACAAAAUAAAGUCUCUGUGUAAUCCCUUUUAGUUCUAGCAAAUCUGCAUGUGGGGACAAGUCGCAUAGGUAGGUCAGAGAAUCCUACAGAAUGGUUGCAUCAUUCAAAUUUGUACUACUGGAAGGCAUACUAAACAUAUUAUGCAAAGAGCCAGCUCUAGAGAAGGGCUGGGGGAAAAGGCGGAAAGAGAAGUGGAUGACCAGUGCAAGGGGAAUGGAUUGAGUUACUGAAGUGAAGGGAAGCCCUGAAGAUCCAGGUAGGUAUCUGGAUGCUAAGAGUUGACACUGACUUGAGGGCACUCAAUCAGUCAUCUAUAUACACUAGACUAGUUCAAACCAGUUUUUCUCAGCAAUAACAUGAAAGUAGGUUAGCUAUUACUCCUUUCAGAGGAGUUUUUUCAGCUUCCCAGUCACACUCAGUUUUGAGGCAGCAAACCAUGAGCAAGGGAUUCGUGGAUUGGAAGACAAUGAAACAAUGGGUAGUUGAAACAAUAUGUUCAGCAAAGUAAUAGUUACUUCUAAUUAUACACUGUAAUCAACAAGAAUAUACAGUAGUUGCAAGCAAGGCUACAAAAAACAAACCUUCACUGGAGUAAAAGAAAUUGCCAAAAUAUGGUCUGCUGCAUCUUUCAGCGUCAUUCUGUUCCUGGAAAAGAAUACUGGAUGUCUUCAAUUCUGGCAGCUGCUAUCAGCCAAACCCAUUUUAGUCUAACCUUGUGUUGUGACAACUAAGUAGUGGGUCUGUCUAUCCAGAAUUUCCAUUUCAUUCUAGUGGAUCCCUCAUUUUGGUUCUUGUUUUAUGAGGCAGGAAGAAUUGAUCUGAUCUUUUUACAUCAAAGUUAAGUGUAUGUCUUUUUUCUCCCAACUUCAGACUUCCUUUCUAAUCUUAAGAAGACCCAAAUAUUUACUUUCUAAAGAUUCCAGGUUGUUAUUAUCCAUGUCUCAGUGUAAUUAACGCUUGGGUGGUAAAUAAGAUUCCAGGCCAAAGAUCUUUGCCUGUUCCACACAAUAAACUUUUCCCCAUGUUUGAAUCCUUAAGUAACUUAACAGAAUAACAGAGUUGGAAGGAAUCAUGGAGGUCUUUCUGCUCAGACAGGAAACCCUACAUUAUUUCAGACAAAUGGUUGGCCAAUCUUUUCUUAAAACCCUCCAGGGUUGGAGCACCCACAACUUCUGGAAGCGUAACUUGUUUUGAAUUAAACUUAUUGCAUGGAUUUAUAUGGUUUCUCCUCUAUGGAUCCCCUGGUAAAAAGUAAAGGUGCUGUAAUUAAAGCAUUUUCCACACUCCAUAUCUAUAUGGUCACGCCCGUGUGGAUCCAAGUCCUUUCUUAGCAAAGCUGUUUCCACACUACAUUUAUAUGGUUCCUCCAUUGUGUGAAUCCUUUCCUGACUCAUAAGAUAUCUUAAGUAAUUUCCACGCCAUACAUUUAUAUGGUUGCUGCCCAGCGUGGAUUCUUUUGUGAGAAUUAAGUUGUCCUUUCUGAGUAAAGUUCUUCCCACAAUCCAGGCAUUUAUAUCAUUUUUUCCCUGUAUGGAUUCUCUGAUAGUGAGUCAUAGUAGUUUGCACUGAAGUCCUUUCCACAGUGCAUUUUUAAUGUUUCUCCCAUGUUGACCCUCUUGGCUUUUUUAAAAAAUCUUUUCUGCUUGUUUUUUCUUGGCUGCUUGAGUCUUUCAUCAUUCAGUUUUAUAUGGUUUCUCCACUGUACAUCCUUUUAUGACAAGUAAGCCAACUAUAUACUCUGAAGCUUUUACAUACUGCACACAUUUAUAUGGUGGCAAGUAAGGUCUGUGUUGUGAACCUUCCAAACAGAUGCUAUGUUCCCCAUGUCUGCAAACAGGUGUAGAAAACAAACGAUGAGCAAAACAGUGGUGUACUGACUUACUCAUAAUUUCCUCGGAAACUCCUGUGUCUGUUAUCAUAUGAUAAAUAAGGCCACUACUUCAUCAUCUAAGAACUGUGGUGGCACAAUGGUUAGAAUGCAGUAUUGCAGGCUAACUCUGCAUUCCCACUGCUAGGAGUUCGAUCUUGAAGGUCGACUGAGCCUUCCAUCCUUACGAGAUCAAAAAAAUGAGGUCCUGGAUUGUUGAUGGCAAUGUAGAGAGGACUGUAAAGCACUAUAAAGUGGUAUAUAAUUCUAUGUGCUAUUGCUAUUCAGCUUUUCACACACAAGUGAAAUAACUUUUCUCCUGUGUAGAUGUUUGGAUGGUAAAUAAGAUCCCAGCUCAAACCACAGAUCUUACAUAUUCCAUGAAAUGAUAAACUUCCUCCCAUGUCUGGAUCCAUUCUGAUGAGUAAGAUCUAAAUUAAUUCUAAAUUAAGCUUAUUCCAUGAACUUAGAUUUUCCUAUAAGCAGCUUUUUAUAAGAAGUGCGCGCCACUCAAUGCUUGUUUUGACAUUCUAUGAAUUAUCAUUUUCUCCUUUGUGGAUCCCUUUAUGACAAGUAAAGGACCUAUACACAUUAAAGCCUUUUCCAUACAAAGCAUUUAUAUAGUUUAUCUCAUGUGGAUCCUUUGGUGACAGUAUGGUCUCUUUGUCAAUAAAGCUUUUUCUACACUACA